AAAUAACCGAGUCAAUCGCCACUUUACUCUUCUUCUGCCUUUCUUCUCAUACUAUUUUCUGAGAUAUUGAUCAGAUAGCAGCAAUUGAUGGAGUUGGGAAACAGAUGGUCUCUUCGAGGAGAAACAGCCUUGGUCACUGGCGGAUCCAAAGGGAUAGGGUGUGCUAUUGUGGAAGAACUAGCAAGAUUUGGAGCAGCAGUUCAUACUUGCGCCAGGAAUGAAGCAGAGCUGAAACAGAGUUUGCAGAAAUGGAGAGACCUGAAGCUUCAGGUGUCUGGUUCGGUCUGUGACGUCUCCUCCUCGGAAGAGAGGGAGAAGCUUAUAAAGGAAGUCAGCGCCAUCUUCAACGGCAAACUCAAUAUCCUGGUUAAUAAUGCAGCAUCUGCUUACGUUAAACCAGUUUUAGAAGUGACUCAAGAGGAAUACAAGCAUACCAUGAACAUCAACUUGGAAGCUGGUUUCCAUUUGAGUCAACUCGCUCAUCCUCUUCUCAAGGCAUCUGGACGAGGCAAUAUCAUCUUCAUUUCCUCAACUGCUGGUCUCCAAGGAAAAUUUUCUAUGUCCGUCUAUGGAGCGUCUAAGGGAGCCCUGAACCAACUCACUAAAUGUCUCGCUUGCGAGUGGGCUAAGGAUAAUAUUCGUACCAAUUGUGUUGCGCCCGGUAUGAUCGACACACCUAUGGCUAAACCGGAUGAAGAACCAAAGCUAAAACAUAGUUAAAGAACCUUGGAAUGAUGACAUGAAGCAAAGAAUAUGCUCUAUCUAUGUCCCAAGACAUAGGUGUAUUCCUCGGGAUGAAGAGGAGCAAAAAUAGAGCAGCCGCAAGAGUCUCAAAACUUUACAUAGUUGCGCGCCAUUUCUCCCAGAGGUCUCAAAACUUCACACGGGAUGACUGUGUUUUUACACAGUCGUGCACCAUUUCUCCAAGAGGUCACAAAAUUUCACACGGCUCGACCAUAUGUUUUUCACAUGGUCAUGUGCCCGUUUCCUGCCGAACUCAGAACUUCACACAGUUGUGGUGCCUUGCCACAGUUGUUGCUGUUGCGAUAUUUUUGCAAGUUCUUUCCUAAUCUAAGGGCUGGGGAGGCUUUAAAAUGAUCCCAAAGGCUCGUGGAGAAGGAGAGAAGAGUUUCCUGGUGACAAAGAACCCUAGGAGAGUUGUUCCAAGGAGCAAGAGUUCUCCUCCACGUUUGGAGUAAUUGGAGAAGCAGCCCGUAGACAUCAUUCACUUCAUUGAAUAAGCUUAUUUCUCUUUCUUUUAGAUUUGGGUUGUAAAAGCUUGCUUAAAACAUGUCUUCUUGCUAGAACUCCAUAUCCAUGGAGUGGUACUCUUUGAUUCUAGUACUAUGGUGUAGCCUUUUGGCAUGUAGACGCUUGUUUUUCCAUGUUGAGAUAUAUUCAUGUUUCUUAAUUUC